AUGUUCUGCGCUCCUGGAAAGACUGAAGCUACACUAUCGUCGCCCAACUUGGUCUUCGACUUUGAAACACUUAUCGAACGAAGCGAUACAUCGGACUUAAUAUACGAACCAGAGUUUGCGGCAUUUGAUCGCAGUAUUAUUGGCCGUGCCGCGCCAGAACAGCCGUUAUUAACGAAUAAUGGCCCCGACAGUAGAUCGAUAAUUCCUGGAGGGACUGUUUGUUAUAUUGUGGAUAAGAAGACGUUGUUUGGGAAGGACAAGAGGGACGAUGAUCAUAAAACGAGCGGGGAGACUGGCCAUCAGAACUCUCGUCGAGCAGAGACAAAGACUGUCUAUGUGUCUGCCAAUACUUGUUCCAGGCCAACUCUAAAGACCAAAGACAAGAGCGGGAAAACAGAACUGGCACCACAGCUCAGUCUUUAUACUUCAACAACAAACAAGAUCAAGUGCCCAACGGCAGGCAAUUACAACAAGUCAAAUCCCGAUACCGCCAAGAUACCGUUCGACGAGGGCGCAGUUAUGCUAACCAUGAAUGCUACCAAUGACAUAUACAUCAGCGUCGUGGCUCCGAAUAUAUCAAAGGCUGAUGGGGAAUACAAAUACCAAAUCGCCAUUUCUUUCGACGAGUACUAUCACAAUUACGAUGCCAAAAAUGGCACUGCUCAACUACUGUUGAUGGACUUUGACUCAACAUCAGCCCUCCUUUUCACCAGUGAUUUGACUCAGGACUCGGACGAGACCCAGCAGAUCAUGAAGAGGCCGCCACCGUUUCAGAUUUUUGUUGGGGACGAGAAAUUGAGAUCCAUUGAUGGUCUGCGACAUUCAGCCUGUGGCCUAACGGACCAUGCGGAAAUCUGGGCCAACGAUAAGAAGACUGGGCGAAAUAACGAUCUUGUUACGACGGGCCUUACGACACGAGGACAAGGAGGAUUGCCCAAGCAGCAGUUCCUGAUAGCAGGGCUUAACCACAGUACCACCUACUCGGGGAUCCUCGUCAAGAUGCCGGAUAGUGAUAGCAAAAGAGAUACCAAGUCUGGGCGCACAAUAGGCGGGGGAGGCACUGUCUACAAGGCCACCACGUUUGAGACUUCAUCCAGCACGAACUGUAAGAUGGUUACGAAUCUGGACUUCUGCAACGAAACACAAUAUGCAGUACCUGGCAACGACAAAAAGUUUAACAAUACUGCCUUAGCCAAGCAUUACGAUGAUUAUGCCAGAAAAAUGUACGCCAAUUUCGAAAAAGUCAUGAUGCAAGUACCCUGCGAAGCGCCCCCUGAGUCUCGCUACUCGCUAGCACGAGAUUGCGAUGAGUGUCGUGAGGCGUACAAGCGUUGGCUCUGCACCGUCACGAUACCUCGCUGCGAGGAUGUUAUGGGCGGCAGCAGAUAUAGCGUUGUUCGCGACGCUUUUCAAGCCUUUCCCAAUGGAACAACGCUUCCUGAUAAUUUCCGCAAGGGUCUCAAGGCCGCAGCAAAUAACUCCUCGCGAAACGCCUGGAUCGACGAAACCGUCAAGCCUGGUCCGUACAAGGAGUUGCUACCCUGCGAGGACGUCUGCUACGAAGUUGUUCAAGCAUGUCCCGCUGCGAUAGGCUUCACCUGUCCACAACCUGGAUUCCCAAGUUUCAGUGUGAGUUACGGACGGCGGAAUCCGGAUAUUUCGAGUAUAACAUGUAACUACCCCGGCGAGCCAAGGACGAGGGUCAGUGCAGGUGUAAUUGUCCGACCCAGCGCUUUUGCUCUCGGUGCUGUGUCGCUGAUGGUCUGGUUGAUACUAUAA